AUGGAUUGGAGCGAUGAAAUCACAUAUUCAAGAAGUGAUUUUUGUCCUCAUGAACCAUUGACUGUCAAAUGCGAUGAUCACAAGUGUCCUUCGAAGAAGUGGUCGUGCGGAGAUGGACAAUGCAUCUUCAGUAUGCAUCGUCUUGUUUACCAGACGUUACAUCCAAAGGAUACAUUUUGUUUCAGCAUGCGAGAAUACAAUCACAUAUGUGAAACAGCUAUUGAUAGAAGCUUAUGGACCAGGUCAGAUGGACAUUGCAUGGAUAAGGGUUUUCUCGAUCGAUCUCUCGUUUUAUCGUCGAGCGAACAAAAAUGUCUUUAUCUAAUUCGGUGUGCUUUAUCAAAGGGCGCCGAAGCCCAAUGUCCUUGCAAUGGUCCCAACUGUGCUGGCUUGAUGGAAGAUGUGUGCGAUCGCCGUAUAUACCAUUAUCCAGAGCGUGGUAUUAUUCGACCAUGGCUCGUUCACUUAUACGACUGGGAACGAUCGUUGGACAGCUCCGAACCGACUCUAGUCGUGGUUUCAGGAGGUCUCCGAUGCCGAGGAUUUUAUGCUAAUGUGACAGCCAAAACUGAGAGUAUGACUGUUUAUCAAGCUGGUAGGCUUUACAAACAUGUAGUGGAGCUGAUGGUUUGCCACGAUGUACCGCUGAAACAGCGCGAUGAAACAUCGAAGUUUCAAUAUUCGGCUACAUGUUGGAAUGAUUCAGUGACAUUUAACGGACUGCCUUACGCUUUUCAGGAUGUUUGCCCGGGAACAAGCAUAUGCUUCUCCCAGUAUCGAAUCGGUGAUGGAUAUUCUGACUGCGUAAACGACGAAAGUCAAUAUCUGCUUGCAAAUUCGUACUGUGGUCGAAUACAGAAACAUCGCUUUCGAUGCUCUCCACAGCAGAUGACAUGUUUUCCAGUUGAGCAAUUCGACCUUGUAGGUACAGUGACUAGCUGCACAAACUAUCAUGAUAGGUUUCUCAACGGUGACGGGAGGCCAGUGGCUGAAAUCGUUUGUAGGGAGAAUGAAGAAGACAACGAAUGUCAACUAAUCCGAUAUUAUGUUGGAAAUUCUUCCGUCGCCAAUUCGACAUUUAAAAAUGACACUGUCGAACGAAGAAAUGCUGAAUACUACCCGACUGCAAUACCGUUUCAAUACCACUGUGACACUUUUUGGGAUGAAGGAUCACCGCACGCAGAUGAGAACUCAGCAGCAUGCCAACAAUGGCUUUGUGAAGAAAACCAAUUCCGAUGUCGAACCGGUCAAUGCAUCGAAUUGAGCUGGGUCUGUGACGGUCAGUGGGAUUGCUCAGAUGCCAGUGAUGAAUUUGGUCUGCACGAGCAUUGGUCGGAUCAUAAUGAUCGUCUCGAGAAUUUAGACCAACGCAAACAAAUAUGCGAGCAAAACCAUGCCAAGUUGCCCUUUUCUCACUUCUGCAAUUUUGAUUAUCAAUAUCCUUGUUAUCGAGCAUCCGUCCCCGAUCCACUGAAUAUCUACACUUAUCGACCGUGCAUCAAUUUGACACAAAUUGGUGAUGGUGUCGAAGAUUGCUACGGAGGCAUCGAUGAAAAGAACACUUUAGAAGAUUGCCACGGAUUUAUGCUCGGGUAUUCUUUGCGGUGUGGUAACAGAUGUUCCCUUGCAGUGGAAGCCUGCGAAGAACACACAGAUUGUGCAACGUCACUUCUCUGCUCAUACCAAAGCAGGAAUCAGUCAUGGUGUUCGAAGCACAAAGACGUUGUCUGUCUUGAUGGGACGUGCGCAGACAACUCUCGGUGCGAUGGCAAAUAUCAAUGUCGAUACGGUGAAGACGAGCACUGGUGCUCCUCAUACGCUUCGUUCGACGAGAAAAUAAUAUACCGACUUUCUAAAUACCAAUAUCGGCAUCAGCAUUCUUUCUUGAUAAAUCUGCUACCUUUUCCCACCAAAAGUAUCCAUCAUGUUCACGUGACGAAGAACACCUCUUCUUCUUCGACCACGAAUCCGCAGCUCUCACGGAGAUAUCCCUUCGAGAGCGAUCAAUUAACACAUGCGACAAGUGUUCCACCUUUCGGCGAGACAACGUCACAGUUUCAUCCGCGAUUGCUAUACGUGUGUAACCGUGGCUUUCCUUUUUUCAUUCGUGCAACUGACGACUAUUAUUGCGUUUGUCCUCCCACUUAUUAUGGAAAACGAUGCGAGUUCUUCUCCGAUCGCUUGUCUGUUGUAACUCAUCUGGAUCUGACGACACUUCCUGGAACUUUUAUUACAAGGUGGAUAAAAGUGCUUGCCACUUUGCAUUACGAGGAAACUGUCGUCGAUCAUCAUCUCUUUCACGUCAAUCCAUCCUUAGAAGCGAGCAAGUACGUCAAACAACGCUUUCACCUUCUCUAUUCUCGAUCGAACAAUUCUCUCGAACAGAAACAGUGGCGCUAUUUCAAUCGUACUAAUAUCAUUCAUCAUCAACCAUACUUCAUUCAUUUCGUCGUGUUUUCGUGGAGUGCAAAUCAGACAGAUGAACUGGGUUCGUUCCGUUAUCCAAUUUACUUUGAUUUUCUCCCCGUGUUCCGUUUGGCCACCGUUUUGAAAUUUCCUUCCUGGUUCAGCAACUCGAGUCUUGAUCCGUGCGCGAAGGGUCCAUGCAAGUCAGAGUUCCUGUGCAAACCGAUCUUCAAUCGAAAUCAAUCGUUUUAUUGUGUGUGCAAGCCCGGAUACAGUGGCGCGCUUUGCGAAAAGUUUGACCUGCAAUGUACAUCCUAUUGCAGUGCAGAGGCGAUCUGUCGACCGAAUUCUCGUGGACUCAUCGAUGGCUCUGCACGCCCUUUGUGCAUCUGUCCGCCCGCUCGAAUGGGACCUCGUUGUUAUCUUCGAAACGAAGCGUGCUCGUCGAAUCCCUGCAGAGCCAAUGGCACAUGUCACCUAACCUACGAUCUGAGCGGAGAAAAUCCUAUCAUCUGUCAGUGCACACAACAGUUCUACGGCGACCGAUGUCAGUACGAGAAGGUGUCGAUUCGGAUUGCUAUCAACGCGAGCAUCUCAGCCGCAGCUAGUGUCAUUCAGUUUCACGACAUCUUUGCGAAAUCACUAUCAUUUGUCGCGCGCCAUCAGGAGGUUGUUCGUGGCGUGCCAGAUGUAAUUCGGUACCACCAUGGACAGCAAAUAGCACCGGCGAUAGCGCUUCUCAAGGUCUAUCAAGAUGCAGCAGACAUCACGUAUUUCGUUCUUUACUUUCAACCAAACGCAACUAUCAUCAAUAUUACCGCUACGCCCGAAGAAUGUCCGUAUGCCCUGAAUCUAUUGCCCAAAGAUGAGAUCGUGCACACCAGAACUGUCUUUGCAUAUCAUCAUAUCUGCCGAAAUAAUAUUAGUCGGUUCUGUUUUUAUGACCUGAACUACUUUUGUUUUUGCCAACCGGAGCAUAAACGAGCGCGUUGUUUCGGACACAAUCCUUCCACGGACCGCUGCGAUUCAUGUUUGUCAGACGGGAAAUGUAUCAAAGGCAGCCUUCAACUCUCAAACGACUUUGUCUGCCUGUGCCGUUCUUGUCACCAAGGCCGGCAGUGCGAAUUCAAUUCACAACUGUUCAGCCGCACUGUUGACUCGUUGUUAAGUACCGAUCUGAUGGUUGUUCAAUCCAUCUAUACUGGCUUAGUAAUUAUCAUGUUCUCUUUCGGUUUGUUCACGAACUUCUGCUCAUUUGUCACCUUUAAGCGCGUGGAACCUCGAAAGUUGGGUGUAGGGAACUACCUCCUUGCUGUAACAGUUCUCAACCAGUUCAGUCUGUUGUGUCUCCUUUUCAAGUUCAUCCAAAUUCUUCUCGCCUCUGUGCAAUUGAGCAAUGGUACUUCUUGUAAAGUAGUGAGCUACCUUCUUUCUGUUUGCACGCGUUCAACAUAUUGGCUCACAAGUUGGAUUGCAGUCGACCGGCUCCUUCUCGUUCUGUUUCCUGCUGGCAUCUUGUUGAAGAGACCUCGUUUAGCUAUUUAUUCCAGUUUGAUUACUCUUGUCGGUCUUCUUGCCAUGCACGUACACGAGAUCUAUGUCUAUCGGAUAAUACGUGAUCCUGACCUAUCUGUCAGUCUCUGUGUUAUUGAUAUUGAUCGUGAUGUGAUACUCAAUUAUAAUCGAGUGAACACGUUCAUCCACCAUAUGCUCCCAUUCUCCGGGCGAAAACUACCGCAAGCAAAACAACGUUUUGGCAACUAUUAA